CAAGGAAAACUUGGUGACAAUGUUUAAGGAGCUUUAUCCAGCAGUCAAGGCCAAGGGCAAACUAUUGUUCUUGAACGUGGGCAGAUAUGAUGUGAUACUUAUGAGUGGGUACAACCUGAACGUUUUAUGGAAUUUCGUCGAUUAUUUUUACAUGACAACAUACGACUAUCAAGGUGUGUGGAGCGCCGACCUGUUCCCCUCUGCGCCCAUGCACGAGCUAAUGUACUCAAUUGGUGCGAUCAAAGAAAAGAUUGGAGCGGCUCGCAUGACGAAGGUUCUUGCCGGGGUGGCCUCAUUCUCUGUCCUCUAUGAACUGGUACAGAAUAACACUGUACCUAAAACCAAGACUAGUGCAGUUAGAAAAGGCCAAGUGGAACGCCUUUCAGAGGUUUGUCAGACCAUAAGGAAGCAAAAUUUCACUAUUUUAAAGGAUGACAAAAUGUUCAAUUACGCAUACAACACGACGCACGUUUUUACUUAUGAAGACAUGAAUAUUCUGACCGCAAAAAUGGAAUACUUUAAAUCUGCUGGUGUAGAAGGAAUUAUUUUCGGCUAUGCGAGCAAUGACGACUGGAUGGGCAAGUGUGGCUGUGGAAAAAUGCCCGUCCUGAGGAUGACCGCCGAGCUGCUGCACGGCGCCGGCUGUUCGCUGCGCCAGUGCGUGUGACCCACCCCUGUCGUUUAUUUGCAACCCCGAUGUGACUCAACCGACCUCUAAUUGUCCCUCUUUGCUAACGUCGCCAUUUGCAUAAUCGCGUCAGAGCGUGUGC